AUGGUUCCAAAAACGUACACGCUCACAAACGGUUGUUUGAUGCCCUCGCUUGGGCUAGGAUGCUACAGCAUUCCUAAAAACACCACUGCCCAAGUGGUCCACCAAGCCCUAAAAUGCGGUUACCGCCACUUCGACACUGCUGUCUUCUAUGGCAACGAAACAGAAGUCGGAGAGGGGAUUGCGGCUUGGUUAGCCGAAGACCCCUCCAGCAACAGACGGCAAGACGUCUUCUAUGUCACUAAAUUGUGGAACUCUCAAAAUGGAUAUACAGAAGCAAAAACGGCGAUUCAGCAGUGCUUGCAAAAAGUCGCACCACUCGGCUACAUCGACCUUCUACUCAUCCACUCCCCCGCAUGCGGCUCUGCCAAACGUCUAGCGACCUACGAGGCAAUGCAGGAAUCCGUAGACGCAGGCAUCGUAAAAUCCAUUGGUGUUUCCAACUACGAACGGCACCAUCUCCAAGAACUAUACGCAAUGCCCAACCUCAAACACAACCCAGUGGUCAACCAAAUCGAAGUCACCCCAUGGCUACCAAGAAACGACCUCGUCGACUAUUGUAAAUCUAUUGGCUUGGCAAUCCAAGCUUAUUCUCCCUUAGGCUGCGGAGACAGAGUCAACGAUCCCUACAUUGCGUCACUUGCGACCCAGAAAAACUGCACCCCUGCCCAGAUCCUAAUCGCAUGGUCCCUCGCAAAGGGCUACGCCCCACUUCCAAAGACUCAGAACAUACAGAGGCUUCAGAGCAAUCUCGACAGCUACAAUGUCUCUCUUACAGCAGAAGAAUUGACCAAUAUAGAAAAGGCGUACGCACCGUAG